UGCUUUCUUUCUACAACUUGCUCUGCUCAUUCUCGGGAGUCUCAACAACCAUGGCGACGGCGUCGGUAUACUCUGGUCCUGGUUUCGACUUCUCUAACGAACUCCGCAAUUCUUUCCUCACCGACCGGGGUAUCCCGCUGCCCAAGGCCACGAGCACGGGUACAACCAUCGUAGGAUGUCUCUUCAAGGAUGGUAUUGUGCUGGGCGCAGAUACACGUGCGACGGAGGGGCCCAUCGUCGCCGACAAGAACUGCGAGAAAAUCCACUACAUCACAGAGUCAAUCCGCUGCUGCGGUGCAGGGACGGCCGCGGACACAGAAUUCACAACCGCACUCAUCUCGUCGAACAUGGAGUUGCAUGCCCUCUCGACCGGCCGGAAGCCGCGUGUGGUCACCGCGAUGACUAUGCUCAAACAAAUGCUCUUCCAAUACCAGGGAAACGUCGGCGCGGCGCUCGUCCUCGGCGGCGUCGACGUAACUGGCCCACAUCUCUUCACCAUCCACCCGCACGGCUCGACAGACAAGCUGCCUUAUGUCACCAUGGGCUCCGGCAGUCUCGCGGCCAUGGCCAUCUUUGAGAGCAAAUGGCGGCCAAACAUGGAGCGAAGCGAGGCGCUCGAUCUUAUUGCCCAAGCGAUCUCCGCAGGUAUCUUCAACGAUCUUGGCUCAGGGUCCAACGUGGACGCGUGCGUGAUCACGGCGACGCACACAGAGAUGCUGCGUAACUUCGUCAAGCCGAACGAGCGUGUACAGAAGGAGCGCAAAUACGGCUUCCGACGCGGCACGACGGCAUGGAAGUCAGAGGAGAUCCGCAACUUAGUGAUCAACGAGGACAUUAUUGCACACACGGGCGACGCCAUGGACACGAGUUAA